GCCAGGACGAUGACCGACUACUCCAAGUGGGACAAGCUCGAAGACUCGGACGACGAGUCGGCUGCGACGACCGUGGUGGCGGCGCCUGCUGCGCCGGCGGCGCCGACUGGCAUGCAGAAGGCCGAGGCCAUCCGGCUGCAGGCCCAUGCGCUCAUGGAGAGCGGCAAGUUUGCCGAAGGCGCGACCGCGUACAAGGACCUCAUUGCACACGCGCCGACGGACGCGCCCGCCAUCUUUGUCGAGUCGUGCCGCAUGAACCUCGCGAUUGCGCUCAUCAAGCAAGACCUGCACCACGAGGUCAUCCCGCUCUGCUCGGAGAUCCUCAAGGUCAACCCGACCUUGCACAAGGCUCAGCACUUUCGUGGCCACGCGUUCAUGCAGAUGGGCUUUAUCCAAGACGCUGAAAACGACUUGAAGGCGGCCCAGGAAGGCAUGCCGGAGGAUGAAGGCGUCGCUGGCGACUUGGCGCAGCUGGCCAUCGCGCAGGCCGCCGAGGGCAAGAUGAAGGAGCUCAUGGGCAAGGCGAACGAAGCCUUCCAGGCCGAGAACCUUGACGACACGGUGACGUUCUUUAAACAAGCGCUCGAGGAAGCGAUGAAGGUCCGUCGGCGCGACGCGUGCGGCGCCAUCAACGGCAGCAUCGGCAUGGCGCUCUUCAAGCAGGACAAGCACCGCGAAGCGAUUCCUCACUUUGUGCAGGCGCUUCAGGACAUGCCCCACCCGGAACGGCGGAUGGAGUUCCUCGAAGCGCUCUCGGCGUGCCACACGGUGCUCGGGGAAGCCGAAAUGUGCGUGAAGGCGCUCGAAGGCGCGAUCAUGAUUGGCGUCCAGGCCGGCGCGCCGCCGCAGCGCAUGGUCAAGCUGCUCUUGCACGCGGCGCGGUCGUGUGGCAUGCUCAAGCAGACGGAAGAGGGCCUCAAGUACGUCAAGAAGGCCAAGGAAAUUGCGACGAUGGCGCAGCAGUGGGACAUUGUGUUUCAGUGCAACGAGUGGAUCGCGCGGCUCCACACGGAGAACCAGCAGCCGGACCUCGCGCUCGCCAGCAUCACCGAGGCGUUCCAGGAGGCGUGCGCCCGCGUCGACCUCAAGUCGGCGAUCGCGCUCAUGUACAUCCAGAUGCACGUGCUCAAGAUCACAGACCCGAUGAAGCACAUCAACCUCGUCCAGUCGACGCACGCGUUCUUCGUGUCCCAGAAGGAGUUCAAGGGCGUUCUGAGCUGCCUCGAAGUGCUCGUGGUCCAUGGCGUCAACGCGUUCAAGAGCGGCGGCAAAGACCCGAAGCAAGCCGCGGCGCUCGACGAGCUCUGGGACGAAGUGCGCGCGUUGCCGUACGAGCCGAUGGAGAACGAAGAGAAGUUCCUCGUCCUCAAAUUGCUCCAGCUCCAGGCGGACUUUUACAUUGAGUUUGACACGAAAUCCAACUGCAAGAAGGUGCUCAACGAGAUGCUACAACUCGCGCAUGCGAUGAAGCCGAUCCCGCCCCAGCACAUCAUCGCCGAGGUGUUCAAGAAGCUCACGGCGCUCUCGGAAGAGGUGACCGAGCAGCGUGCCAACUUGCUCAAGGUCGAAGCGUCCUUGCGCCAGUUCAAGGCCGACGUCGAAACGCGCAUCCAGAACGACCAGAAGGACGAGAUUCUGGCCAAGAUCUCGGGCGACAUUGCCGACACGCUCUGCAACAAGGCGUACUGCGAGGCCGAACUCGGCGAAAUUGACGAGGCCGAGAAGACGCUCGCCGAGUGCUCGGCCUUGUGCGCGGCCAGCGGCAUCCAGAACGGCCGCAUCGAAUGCCUCACGGAGAUUGCCACGGGCAUCCUCGCCCUCAAGCGAGGCAACAAGGACGCAGCCGAGGCGCAUUUCGCCAACGGUCUCGCAGCCGCCGAGGCUUCCAAGGACGACAACGUCAUUGCGCAGGUGCGCGAACUCGUCGAUGACGCGCGGCAAAAGGGCGGGCUGUCCGUGACACCGUCGACGGCGACGACCCAUGUGCCGCCGACGCCGACGGUUGAGUCGCCCAAGCCAGCCGAGGUGGCCAAGGCCCGCGCGCUUCCGGCCAAGAAGACGUACCCGGGCGCCAAGGUCAAGAAGACGCAGAGCUCGUCGCUCGUCGAGUACAUUCCGCUCAUCGUCUUCAUGCUCUUCCUCGCCAUCUUCUUCCAGCUCGUGAGCCAGUAGUGAGUAGUGAGUAGUUUCUUUACGAGUCGAUAUGCCUGUGUGAGUCGUUUGUUGCGUG